AGAAGGACACCCAUCCUCUCUGGACCUGUUUGGAUAGCAGUGGGGCCUUGCCUGGCUCAUUUCUCGGCUGUAAUCAGAUUAGCAGCCUCUGAGCAGCUUUAGUUACCCACUGCUUUCCUCCAGCACAGCCUGUCCGUUUUGCCAUUAGCUGUUAGUCAGUUAGCGAUUAGCCGUAGGAACUAGAGGGGAGUUGUCAGUAGACGAAACGGCCAGCUCCGCUCUGGCAGCCCAGAGACGACCAACACUGCUCUGCUGCUACUAUGCACUUCAACUACUACUGUUGACUGGAGUUCUGCGCCCUCCUUCGCUCUCCUCUCUUUCUCUCCCUCUCUAACGCUACCUGACUCAUUCCCUCCUUCCCUCUCCUCCCUUUCUCUGUGCUGAGUGCCGCUCGUCCCGGGGCAUCGACUUACUGCAUUUGUUUCUCUGCAGUCGGUUGCCUGCCUAUAGAUUGGAACUCAGCACUUCCCCUCUCUCUUUCUCUCUACCUCCCUUUCUCUCUCCUUAUCCCUCUUUUUGUCUCAGUCCCUUGUACCUACCUGUUUUGGGAAAAUGUAUCGGAACGCAAACCCGUGGAUCUCAAACUACCUGAGCCAUGUCAAGAUCUGCAGCCAAGGACCCGGGAUCGAGAUCCCUGCCAAACUUGGGAACGCCAGACUUCUACAGAAGAGGGCUCUCAGCUUCCACAAAGAGUUCUCGUUUGAAGCGAAAGACGACCCGGCCAAGAACACCAAGGAUCUAGAUGUCAAUCUGUUGGCUAACCUUCCCAGAGUUUCAGAACUGAGGAAACGUUUUGAAAGCAUAAGCCCAAGCACAAGCUGUGACCGGGAAAUGAACAGAAAGGAGCGGAUUGCCCGGCGGUUGGAAGGUAUUGACAAUGAGGUUCAGCCUGCUAUAUUGCCCAGCUGUCCUGGUCUGGUGACCAAUCGGCUGCUUGAGGAAGACACGCCCCGUUACACACGUGCCUCGGACCCCUGUGAUCCCUGUGUCGUCACCGUGCAGAGGUACUGCAAGGACAACAUGGAGAAUCCGGACAUGAGGGCCCACCAUGUGACGGCUCAGGAGCGGCAGUCCAGAGCCCGGUGCCGGCCCGAAGGACUGAGCGCCCGCGCCGAGCCCGUCUACGUCUCCGACCCGGCCAGCGCCAACUUGGAUUCCAAGGCGGAGCGGAUCGCCCGCUACAAGGCGGAGCGGAGGCGCCAGUUGGCCGAGCGCUACGGCAUCUCUCUGGACCAGGAUCCCGACACCACCGCCAGCCACCUCCUCUACCACGGCUCUUCCCGCGGACGCAAGGAGCCGGAGUGCUCCUCCGAGAGGCAACACGAGUGCUCCUCCGAUCUACGCCGCCGAGCGGAGUCUGUCGGGGACGAGCCCCCUUACACGUCUGGCGGCUCCAGGGUGGGGAGGGCGCCCCCCCAGCCGCACUGCUAUGCCGAACCAGGCCAGGGGCCGCCCAGGAUGGAAUCUUUCACGGAGAGGGAGCGGAUUAUGAACAUGGAGAACCAGCGCAGGGCGGCCCAGCAGGAGAGGGACACCAAAGCCCCCGAGACGCCGUCUUCCUCCACCUACAUGGACGUGACUUCGUCGUCGCCCUCGGCCAUGGUGCCCGUUUCCAGGGACUGCACCAUCACGGCGCUGCCUCCCAGCUCGCCCAAGAUGGGGCGGAAGACGUCGCUGCCCGUGCCCAGGGAGGGGCAGUCCCCUGGGGGUUUGUUGAUAGAGCAGCGGACUCACAACGUCCUCAGCAGACACGGCCCGGAUAUGAAACCAACCAGUGAUUGGUUCCUCCAGACCGAUUCGGAAGGCAACACCAAGUCUCUUAUCAACUGGCCGUCCAGGAUCAGAGUUAGGGAGAGGCUAGCUAGGGAGGAUGGAGUCCGCCCGAAUAGUCCUGAGUUGGGCCGUCAUGUCCCAGAAGCCCCCGUGUACAGGAGACAGCCCCAGCCCGCCGCCCACAACCCCGUCUACCAACAUUACCCCCAGACUCACACCCACACUGACCCUUUAGGCCCCCAGCCGGCCUACUGUUACUCCCAGCCUCAGCUCCCCCGUUCUGGGUGGAGCGACGACCCUAGCUAUCUGUCCAUGGCCACGGGCCCCAGUUCCAAGGCACAGCAGCCCCCCCAGCGCCAGCCCGAUGAGGGAGACGUGGAUGAGGAGAAGAGGGGGCCCAGAGAGGGCCUCCCCGAGGUGCAGACGGAGGGACUGCUAAAAAGCAGAAAAGCCGUGUUGCCAUCGGAGAUCCGACGCAGGGAGAGGAGCACGGAGGACCCGCGUGGCUGCGUCCCCCGGAAGGACAGCAGGGUAGAGGAUGAGGAGGAGGAGGAGGUUGGCUACAGCAGGACUCGCGGAGGACAGGGGGGAGAGGCUGAGUUUGAGGAACCCAGAGCCGGGUACGUCGGGGGACGAGUGAGAACCCGAAUGAGACCGGAGGAACCGGUCAAGCCCCAGGAACACCGAUCCUCCCAGCGGGCCACUGAGGACAGGGCGGAGUUUCGAGGCUCCAGAGAGGAGUGCACACAACCGUGGAACGACAACGCCAUCUACGUCCAGAGACGGAUGGCCCCAAUCGCUGCCCACGUCCAGACCAGGGGAGGAGGCACCAUCGACGCCUCCAGCCGCCCUGCGUCUGAUGCUGGGCAGCAAAGGGCCCCUGGUAGCUGCUUUCCCAGGACCCAAGGACCAGGGCCACGGGGGCCAGCGGACCUGCAACGAUCUGCGGAGGGCGAGAUCCGAAAUGGGGAACGGAGCUCCCUGGAGGCCGGUGACGCUCAUAUCUCUGUGGCCAAGCUUCGUCACUCCUACCUGGAGAGCGCUCUGACCGCUGCUGGACCGGUCGCGAGGACAACGGAGCUGGAGGGGGAGUUAGAUUGGGUGUAUCCCCCGGGGGGUGCCGAGGUCCCCAGGAGUGGGGAGCGGGACAGUAUGAAGGUCCUGUGGAGGGGCCAGAGGGACAUGGGGCGCAGGCUCUACAGCUCCCCUGGAGAAAGUAGGAAGAGCUCAGAGAGAUGUAGGACCCAGCCUGUCACCUCCGCCGAGAAACACCGGUCUGAUAGGUCUGGUGCGGGCCCAGAUCUAGCCGGUACUGAAGUGGAUGAAGAGAAGUUGGAUGAACGGGCCAAGCUGAGUGUUGCAGCCAAACGUUCUCUAUUCCGGGAGCUGGAGAGGAACAGGGAUGGGUCUGCCCCGAAGCCCCCGUCCCGAAACGCCGCCGUCGAGCGGAGACUGAGGCGUGCCCAGGACCGCUCCCGUACCCAGCCCGUCACCACCGAAGAGGUCGUCAUCGCAGCUACUCUGCAGGCGUCCUCGCAGCGGAGCGCUGCGGCAGGGGAGCAGGCCACGGAGGCGCGGAAGGCCCAGGAUGCUUUAGAGUUCCAGAGGGAAGCACGACGGACCUCCUCCAAGCUCCUCCCUCCGGCCACCUCUCCCCUCGAGGAGACCCAGGCCCUGAACAACGGCCCGGGGGAAGCUGAGCCGGAUCUGUCCACCCUCAGCUUGGCAGAGAAGAUGGCUUUGUUCAACAGGCUGGCCCAACCCGCCCCCAGAGUGGCCCACACCAAGCCCGAUCCCCGGGGCCGUCGAGCCAAUCCCCGCUACCAGACCCAGCCCAUCACCCUGGGUGACAUGGAACAGGAGGCCUCAGACACUGACCCCUGUGACGAACAGGAGCUGUGUGACGGCGGCCAAAUAGAACUCCCUCAGGGCUGGUGUGACGUCACACAAAUCCACAACGGGGCCCGGUUGGAUCUGACCACCUCCUCGGCCCUUAAACCGGGGGCCACAGUCUCCACGGAACACGCGGGGGACAUCCACCUAGCCAGGGGGGCCGGGGCUGGCCCACCCGUGGAUGCUCUCGUCACACCCGACCCUGGGUACUACGAAAGGUCUGCCCCCCGGCAACCCGGCUCUCCUUCCCAGAUCCCAGAACCCUCCGGGGUUGUCUGGAGGUCUGUGUCCGCUCCCCAGCAGAGGCACCAGGCCGACCCCACUGCAGUCCUCCACUGCGGAGAGGAGGGCACUCUCGGGGGAGGCAAGAGGAAGCUGCCCUCUCCAGAGGGAGGUGUCAGACAGGCCCCCCUGCUCCAGCCUUUGGCCCGGCCUGGAGGGAGGGAGCGGGAGGAGGAGCAGCCUUUUGCCCGGAGAGGAGGUGCUGAGAUUUGGGAGCCCCAGGACGCGCUGGAGCAUUCCAAGAGCCAGGAGCAGAUGGAGAAUGUGAGACAGGGCCUCCAGGACCCAGACAGACACGAGUCAAAGGUCAUCAGUGCUGAACUGCCAGAUCCCAGUGUGUCAUCAUCGAGAACAGCCGCGGAGCCUCUGAGGAGUGUCUCUCUGGUGCGGGAGCUGGGAGGAGCGGACACACAAACAGACAUCACCAGCGGAGUGGGACACACACACAGCCUGGCCCAGGCUGAGCAGGAGGACCUGGAGCUCUCGGAAGCCAUGUCAGCCAGACAGAUGUCCAUCAAAGACAGGCUGGCCCUGUUGAAGAAGAGCGGCGAGGAGGACUGGAGGAACCGGAUAAAUAAGAAGCAGGACGUAGUGAAGGUGGCCGUGUCCGAACGUCACGCUCAGUUGUGGGAGGUGGAGCAAAGCUUCAAGAAGAAGGAGGAAGGGACGAUAAUGGAUGAGUUGGCUGUGUCUGAUCAGCUUUGGGAGCCCAUCUUUUCCAGCACUUUCUCUCCACCUCCCGAUCUCCCUGACGAUAUCAGUCAGAGUCUUGAUCUGUACAGCCAGGCAACCAGUCCCCCUAUGUCCAGAGUCGCCAGCCCCCCAAUGUCUGGCAUCUUCAGCCCCUCCACGCCCAGAGUGACCCGUCCCUCUAUGGUUAGGGAUGAGAGGCACCCCUGGAGAUGGAAGAGGAGGGGUGGAGGCGAGGAGACCACAGAGACCCAGAGCCAGCGUAUAGAGAUGUCCAUCCAGGAGAGAAAGCAGUUGAUCGUGGCCCGGGAGGAGGCCUGGAAGUCCAAGGGCCUCGGCGCCGCCAAUGACUCAACGCAGUUCACUGUGGCCGCACGCAUGGUCAAGAAAGGUCUGGCAGCUCCUUCUGCGCUCAUCAACAACCCUGUGGCAUCCCUCCUGUCCAAACCCAAGAACACUGCCCCUGCCGUAUCCAAGCCCCUGGAAGAGAUCGAGGCCAAACCAGACAUGAACCUGGAGUCAGACAGGAAGUUGGAUAAGCUGGAGUCCUUUCUGGGCAGGUUGAACAGUAAAGGCGGCCUGCAGGAAUCUACCAUCAAAGUCACAGAGGAAAGGGUCAAAGAGGUCAUGAACUUAGACGACGAAACGUUUGACAAGUUCUACCGUCACAUUGCCCAGAUACCUUUCAGCAUGAACAGCAGCCUGGAUGUUGACGACUUCGACGAGAUCUUCGGCGGCAUCCAGAUGCCCAAGCUGACCUCGGCCAUGGUGGAACACAAGCGGUCGGUGCGUCCGGUGCGCAACGUCCAGUCGUCCAGGAACCCUCUGAAGAUGCUGGCGGCCCGUGAGGACAUCAGACAGGUGUACACUGAGCAGAGACUCAACAUCGGCCUGCUGGAGAGCAAGAGGAUGAAGCAGGAGAAGAUGAAUAAGAACAGUGGAUUCUCUGAGGUGGCUUUGGCUGGUCUGGCCAGUAAGGAGAACUUCAGCAACGUCAACCUUCGAAGCGUCAAUAUCUCUGAGCAGAUGUCCAACAACAGCGCGGUGCCCUACAAGAAACUCAUGCUCAUUCAGGUCAAAGGCCGGCGGCAUGUCCAGUCCAGACUAGUGGAGCCCAGAGUGUCCUCUCUGAACAGUGGGGAUUGCUUUCUCCUCAUCACUCCUCACCACUGUUUCGUCUGGACAGGAGAGUUUGCCAAUGUAAUUGAGAAGGCCAAGGCUGCAGAGCUGGCUCAGUUCAUCCAGACCAAGAGAGAUCUGGGAUGCCGUGCCAACUACAUAGAGCUGAUCGAGGAGGGCAUCAACACGCACAGUUACGCUGCCAAGGAGUUCUGGAAGAUUCUGGGCGGGCAAGCCAGCUACCAGUCCGCCGGGAAGCCAGAUGAGGACGAGCUGUACGAGAGCGCCGUCGUGGAAACCAACUGCAUCUACCGCCUGGUGGAUGACAAGCUGGUCCCCGACGAUGACUUCUGGGGGAAGGUUCCGCGGUGCAGCCUGCUCAGCCCCACCCAGGUGCUGGUGUUGGACUUUGGCAGUGAGGUGUACGUGUGGCACGGUAAGGAGGUGACCCUGGCCCAGAGGAAAGUAGCCUUCCAGCUGGCCAAACACCUGUGGAACGGCACCUUUGACUACACCACCUGUGACAUCAACCCCCUUGACCCUGGAGAGUGCAACCCGCUCAUACCCAGGAAAGGCCAGGGUCGUCCGGACUGGGCUGUGUUUGGGAGGUUGACACAACACAAUGAGACAACACUGUUCAAGGAGAAGUUCCUGGACUGGACAGACUCCAAGAAGAAAGGCACCACCAAGAAUGACCACGAGCACCCCAACCAACACAACCAGGAGCAGCAGAGCUCAGACCAGAACGCGCUGCGGGCCUACGAUACAUCUCUGAUGCUGCCCCUGCUCCAGACCCCGGUGAGGACGGUUCUGGAUGGGAUGGACGUAGGCCGGGGCUAUGGCCCGGUGCCAGGGGAUGACCGGAGGCACUUUGAGAUCAGCACCGUCGCCGUGGACGUUUGGCACAUCCUGGAGUUCGACUACAGCCGGCUGCCCAAGCAGAGUAUUGGCCAGUUCCAUGAGGGAGACACCUAUGUGGUGAAAUGGAAGUACAUGGUGAGCACCGCAGUUGGGAGGAGGCACAAUCCAGAAGCUUUGAGGAGUGCAGGAGCUGGGAAGGAGAAAUGUGCCUACUUCUUCUGGCAGGGACGUAACUCUACAGUCAGCGAGAAGGGAACAUCAGCCCUGAUGACUGUUGAACUGGACGAGGAGAGAGGGGCACAGAUCCAGGUCCAGCAGGGGAAGGAGCCUCCGUGUUUCCUGCAGUGUUUCGGGGGAGGGAUGGUGGUCCACGCAGGGAAGAGGGAGGAAGAGGAGGAAAACUUCCAAAAUGAAUGGCGGCUGUACUGUGUGCGCGGCGAGGUCCGUGUAGAGGGCCACCUGCUGGAGGUCGCCUGCCACUGCAGCAGCCUGCGUUCCCGGACCUCCAUGGUCCUGCUCAGCGUCUCCAAGGCGACCAUGUACCUGUGGCACGGCUGCAAGUCCCAGCUCCACACCCGCAAUGUGGGACGGACCACCGCCAACAAGAUCAAAGAACAGUGUCCGUUGGAAGCGGGGCUUCACAGCAGCAGUAAGGUGACCAUCCAUGAAUGCGACGAGGGCGCGGAGCCUGCAGGAUUCUGGGAAGCCCUGGGAAGGAGAGAUAGGAAGGCCUACGACUGCAUGUUGCAAGAUCCGGGAAAGUUCAACUUCACCCCUCGCCUCUACCAUCUGAGCAGUGCGUCGGGAGAGUUUGUUGCCGUGGAGUUCUUGUACCCAGCCAGGGUAGUGGACGAGGUCAACUCUCUGCCCUUCCUGCAGGAGGACCUGUAUGCUGCCUCACAGCCAGCCCUUUUCCUGGUGGACAACCACCACGAGGUGUACCUGUGGCAGGGCUGGUGGCCCCAGGACAGCGAGACCCCGGGCUCGGCCCGUAUCCGCUGGGACGUGGACAGGAAGUGCGCCAUGGAGACGGUGCUGCAGUACUGUAGAGAGAAAAACCAAAAGAAGCCUCCCAAGUCAUACCUCAUCCAUGCGGGACUUGAACCUCUAACUUUCACCAACAUGUUCCCCUGCUGGGAUCACAGAGAGGACAUCGCUGAGAUCACUGAGAGGGAGGCGGAGGUUUGUAACCAGAUCAUCCUGGUUGAGGACGUGUUGGCCAGGCUGUGUAAGACCACCUACCCUCUGGAAGACCUGUUGGCACGGCCCCUGCCUGAGGGGGUGGACCCACUACGCCUGGAGAUCUACCUAGAUAAUGAGGACUUUGAGGGUUUAGGGGUUUAUGGAAAGAAAGCCCUGGAGAUGUCAAAGGAGGAGUAUGAGAUGCUGCCUGGUUGGAAGCAGGUCAACGUGAAGAAAGCCAAAGGAUUGUUUUAGAAUGUUGGACAGAACGACCGACCACAGCACGACUGGUCAGGUGCAUUGUGGUCCAGUCGGAUAGGGAACUCGCCACGGAGAGGUCUUUAGUUACUUAACCCUUUCAACUCCAGACUGGAGAUGGCUUGGGAACAAACAUUUCCGAGUACCCUAGGAUGGAGGGAUGGAUGGAUGGUUGGAGGGGAGCAGGAAAAGGAGAUAUGCAGUGGUGGAAGAUGGGAAGGAUUAGGAAAGAUGUGCCGUCCUCUUGUAGUGUUUUUCUUUUUCCUUGGUUCUUUUUUUUUGGUUCUCUGUUUUGUUUUUGUAAUUGUAUAAAUGAAUGUUUCCAGCGGUGUGUAAGUGAAUGGAAUAUUGAGUGGAUGGCUUUAAAAGUGUGUGUGUGUGUGUCACUGCCUUACAGUCUAUCACAUAGCAGUCUGUCAGUCAAUCUUGUAGCUGGACUGCCACUCUGCUUGCCCCAUCCCUACCAGAACCUCUCUGUGAGCUGUUCUUUUGUGUUACAAGAAAGUAUUUAUAUUUAUACCUCCUACAUAAUAGGAAUGAAAAGCCUUUUGAGUAUUCAGUCUUUCAGAAAAUAAAUGAAAUAAAUUGUCUCGUUAUUCAUGUUGGGGUUGUCAUGUUGAUAAGUAGUUGAACAAUAACCCCCUUUCCCCAGAGGCUGUACCUGUCGCCAUCUUAUUGAAGAAAUCACCGGUCCAGUGCGUUCUGAUGUCUGUUAUAAAUGCUCAGAUUAAAUGUAAUUGUUGUAUUUUACUGGCUUGAAUUUACCGAAAUAGAAAGAAAUGAAAAGAAUCCUUCUACAGUAUGCAAAUUCAGCAUUGUAUAGUGCCUUGCUUCUAUGUACAGUUUAUAUGCGAAAAAGAUAUUUGUCUGCGUUUUAAAGACACUUUGUGAUAUUAGAGAAAUAAACACUGAAAGUAAA